CGUGCUCGUUCACGCCCCCUCCAAACGCGCGUUCAAGUGUGACGGCGUCCCCGCUGCGUCAGUUGCGCGCCUCCACGCUCCCGAUGCUCUCGUUUUCCCGACAACCACAAGAUAGAUGUUUCGAUUUCAGUCCCUGGAUGACGACUGCACGCUGGAGGAGGAAGAUGACGGCCUGAUCGAGGAGGAAGAUGAAAUCGACCAGUUCAACGACGACACCUUCGGAGCCGGCGCCAUCGAUGACGACUGGCAGGAGGAGCACAAGCGCCUGGCGGAGCUGGAUGAGCGGGACGGGCUGGGAGCCGGGUCCGGAGCCGGGUCCGGAGCCGGGUCCGGAGUAGGAGGAGGCGGAACCGGAGGAGGGGACGUCUCGUCCUCCGCCGGGCUCCCCUCGUCUUCGGCCCGCGUCCCGCUUCCUUCCUCCGGCCCGCCGACACAAGAUGCAGACGAGCGAUCGGGGGGGAGCGACCUGGCCGAGUCUCUGGCCCGGCUCAUUCUGGACGCCGACCCGGCCAUCGCCGGGGUGGGCGCUGCCGAGAGGCCCGCACCGUCUCCCGGUUCUGCUGGACCGGGUCUGUCCGGCCUGCUGGGACUGGAUCAGCCCAGAGUUCUGCCGCAGCCGCCCUCCAUGCCUCACCAGCACCAGCUGCCCCCAGCAGCCCCCGCCCCAGGCCUCCCCCCCUCCUCCAUGCUCAGCUACCAGCAGCAGCAGCACCUCCUGCGCCGAGGCGCCGCUCCUCUGGGCCAGAUGAACUCUCACAGCAUCUGGGAGAGCAGCAUGGGCUUCGGGCCGCUCAGCGUCUCGCCGGGACUCGUCGCUCACAUGGAGGACAGUCCUCUGAUGUCCAUCAUCAAGGAGGUGGGGCUUCCCAAGCGUCCUCCUCCGGGCCGCAGCGACGAGGGACUGGACCUGUCGGAGCGGGUGCCGCCGCCUCGCUCCUCCUCUCCUGUGAUUGGCUCUCCUCCGGUGAGGGCGGUGCCUAUCGGGACCCCGCCCAAGCACCCGAUGAGCCUGAACCACCAGAUCCACCACCCCACGGCGGUCCAUGUGAGAGCGCCGGUCCAGCACCGGUACCACGCCCCGUUCCCCGAGCGCCUGUCCCCCAACACGCUCCUCAACAUAGCUAACUCUCCGUUGUGUCGCGGCCCGUUCCCUCCCAGAGUCGGCCCGGUUCUGUCUCAGCUCCAACGGGCCCAGCUGCUCAACUCUCAGGUGGCUGGGUUUCCUCGCGGGGGUCCGGGCCCCCCCCUGUUAGCCGGCGGGGGCUUCAGGCCCUUCUUCGGGGGCCCUCCCCCCCCCCACGGCCACAGGAUGGGCCCCCCGCCGCCCCACGGCCCCCCCAACCACACGGCCCCCAUCAGGCACAACACGACGCACCUGCACCCGCAGCACCGCCGCCUGCUGACGCAGCGCAUGCAGAGCCGAGGAGGCGACCGGGUCAGAACCGGACUGGACCGCCGCAGCAGGGACCCCUACAGCAACCUGAUGAGCCAGAAGGAGAAGGAGUGGGUCACCAAGAUCCAGAUGAUGCAGCUGCAGAGCACCGACCCGUACCUGGACGACUACUACUACCAGAACUACUACGAGAAGAUGGAGAAACGUCAGGAGAGGGAGCGAGACAGCAGCAGCAGGAAGGAGCACGCCACCAAGCUGAUCACGCCGCAGGUGGCCAAGGUGGAGCACACCUACAGGCCAGUUCAGUUUGCAGGAUCUCUGGGGAAGCUGACGGUGUCCAGCGUCAACAACCCGCGCAAGAUGAUCGACGCCGUGGUGACGACGCGCUCUGACGACGAGGAGAAGAGGGAGAAGCAGGUUUGGAACAAGAGGCGUCAGAUCCUCUACACCGUGGAGAAGAUGUACAGUUUGCUGCUGGAGGUCCAAGACUUUGAGAAACGCUUCGUCCAGACGCCAGAGGAGGAGAGGGAGGCGCUGCUGGAGCAGCAUAAGGCCAACACAGAGCAGCUGUGCAGCUCGCUGCAGGAGAAGGACUGGGAGGACAGGGUGAGCGAGGACCAGUGCGUGAUGAUCAUGGCGGUGAGGAAGGGGAAGCGGCUCGUCGCUAGGCUCCUCCCCUUCCUGCCUGCCGCCCAGGCCGCCGCCGUUGUCAUGGUGAUCGCACGCAACCUGCCCGCCUUGGCCAAGAAGGACAAGCAGGACCAGGUGUUGGUCUGCCUGGUGGAGCCGGUCUCUGCAGUCGUCCAAUCGCUGUCCAGCUCCGCCCUCACAGACCUGCUGCAGGAGCUCCAAGGCAGCGACGGCCAACUGGCCGCCGUUCUGCAGAACAAGUUUGGCGUCACGCUGCUGUAUCUGAUCCUGAGUGAAGGAGAGAGGAUGCAGAGCUCCGACCAAGACUGUCAGCUGAUGGACGACAAUCGAUGGACUGAGUUGGUGUUUUCCGUGACGAGGGAGCUGCUCAGCGUCCCGUCUUCGUCCCUCUCCCCCCCCCUCUUCACUCCGCCCAACCUGCUGUCUCUGUUCUCGCGCUACGUGGACCGGCAGCGGCUGGAGCUGCUGCAGGACAAGCUACAGAUCUCUGCUGCCUCCAGGUAGAAGUUACUACGCCGCCAUCAUGCUGACCCCCCCCCCCUGCAGAACUUCUGUGUACGUGUCAGUCUGGGUCGGUCUGGGUCGGCGCCGCUCCGGAGGUGCAGCCGUCUGGGCCGUUUGUCUGCAGCAGAACCUUCACACUUUGUUUCUGUGUUUGUGUGACUGUGAGUGAGAGAGAGAGCGUGUGAGGAACAAUCUGUGACGACAAAAUUAAAUCUGCAUUUUUAAAUAUCUUGUUUACGGUUAUGCCUGUGAUAAAAUUAAAAGUAUUUCUAUUAUAUAAA